AUGUUGUCCUUUCGCACUCUCCUUACAACCGUCCUUGCGGUUUCGGUGGUUGCACAGCAAAAACUCGAAUUGAACAAAGCAUCCCUAGAAGAAGCUAUGAAAUAUGCUAGCGAGACAAUGGCCAUGCAAGAUGCCAAGUUCACUCUAAUUGUUCAGGGUGGCGCUGUGAACGUUAUUCUCGGAGAUAGACCGACCACGGCCGAUAUGGAUUUUAUUGCAACCGACUACAAACCAGAUGAUCCAAACUCUUACAAAGACGGUACCCUCCAGAAGCUGAAGCGCGCGUGGUUGCUGGCCGCUGCUGAUGUGGCCAAUUCACCGCAUCCGAUUCCAAGAGACUGGGUCGAUAGCUCGAUAUCAGCACUCUUCUUUGGUAAUGCCGAACUUUUCCAGAAGUUCAAGUCCCAGGCCAUAUUGCAAAAUGAGGUACUUUCGACAGCUGGAAUGGACACAGACGGUACCGGAAUCAAGUACAUCGCGGCGCCGUGGGAGUGGCAGAUUGUCCGCAAGCUUGGGGUGCCCAAAAGAAAAGAGUACGAUCACAGUGAUGCUGCAUUCUGCCUUCGGCAGUGGCUCAAAAUGAACAAUAAAGAAUCAGUGCACUUUGAUGAUUUGGCCGGCAUGUUUCAAUCCUGGCAUAUCCCUGUACCGAAAAACUUGGCCGAAAUGUGUAUGACUGUUAUGAUGUUAGGCCUUGCCUAA